UAUAAAAAGCAUACAUUAUUCAAAAUUAAAAAGGUGUCAUUAAAUGCAUCCCAGGGCCUCUGAAUCUGGAACAGAUGAGUAAAAUCUGUCUGCAUCUGGUUGUUCUCUUUUCUUCAACCAGAUCUCCACUCACCCUCUUUAUCCCAGCGUAUGUUUGCAGUUGUUGACAUGCUAUAAAUUACAACUUGGAGAGGCACUCCCACCAUGGCGUCCUGCCAGAAAUUGCAUUCCAGUGUUUACUUCAGGCUUCAGGCUGUUUUUGAAGGAAACAUGGCUGCUGGAGGCACUCUCGGCCAGGAAGAAAUGACUUGCCCCGUUUGCCACCAACCUUUCUUGGACCCAGUGAUUACUGACUGUGGACACAGUUUCUGCCACGCUUGCCUCAUCCAGUAUUGGAGCGACUCUGAUGGAGCAGGUUCUUGCCCUCAGUGCGGAAAACCUUUUAAAGAAGGCAGCUACAGGCGGAACCAUGAGCUAGCAAGGCACGCAGGGGAAUCCUCGAAAUCUAAAGAAGGGGAAGAUGCGAAAAGCAGGAUGGGAAGGUGCGAUAAGCCGGAGGAACUCCUGGAAUCCUGUGAGGGUGAUGAUCAAAUGGUUCGAAAGAAAAAGGGAACCAUGAUACCGAAAGGGACGUCCACACUGCUUGUAGUUAUGGAAGAAGACAUUAAGUGCCCUAUUUGCAUAGACUAUUUAACAGACCUUGUGACUCUGGAUUGUGGCCAUAACUUUUGUAAGGCCUGCAUCAACCAUUACUGUGAGAUAUGGAAGGAAAUAGGUCCACCGGAAUGUCCUAUCUGCCGAACAAAGAUCCAGAAAGGGAAUUACCGGCCAAACUGGCUGCUGACCAGCAUUGUAGAAAACUGCAAACGCUGCAAAGGAGCACUGUGUGACAGACACAAGGAAAAACUUCUACUGUUCUGCAAAGAAGACAGAGAAUUGCUAUGUUCCAAGUGUGAACUUUCGCCACAGCACAGCCAGCACUCAGUGGUUCUCCUGGAGCAUAUUGAACAGGGGAUCAGAAGGAACUUGAACAGGUCCAAGGAUGAGGAGGAAGUGGGGCAUGAGUUGGUUAAUCACCCCAACAGUUGCUCACCGAAAAACUUUGCUCUGAUCAAGAUUACAGAAAAAUGGGAAGGAAGUAUAAUUCUGGAUCCAAGCACAGCAUAUCCAUACCUCAUUGUGUCUGAUGACCUGAAAAGCGUGAGAUGGGGAGAUGGAAAGCAGGACGUGCCCACGAGCCUUGAGAGGUUUCACUUCGAUCCCUGUGUCCUGGGUUGCGAGAGAUUUGUUUCAGGAAAACACUGGUGGGAGGUGGAGGUGGGGAUGGAGGUUGAGGAGGAAGAGGCUGAGUGGGCUGUGGGGGUUGUACGAGAAUCUUUCCAGAGGAAUGCGAAGAGCAGCCUUAGUCCUUAUUGUGGGAUCUGGGCUGUGGGAAAGGAGAGGAAUUCUGGCCAUGGCUCAUUGAGUGACUCUCUUCCGUCCCAUUGCCUCUGGGCUUUUACUUCUCCCAAGUGGACCAUGUUGAGACUGGAACGUCUUCCCAGGAAGAUCAAGGUGUCCCUGGAUUAUGAAAAGGGAGUUGUGGAAUUUUUCGAUACUGAUUUGGGCAAACCAAUAUUCAAAUUCUGUUCAGCCUUGUUUAAUAGGGAGAUGGUCAUUCCCUAUUUGCGGGUAGAACGUGGUGUCUCCCUGAAAUGCUCUUGAGAAGAAAGCCACAUCUCUGCGGCAAUGGGGCAAAUGGUUCUCACGAAUGACUACUGGUUCCUGAACAUGCAUCACUGAAACUUUUAUCUGUGGGCCAAGAGCUGGGAUGUGUCUUGCCAAAGGCAAGGUGGUUCUUUUAAAGUUCAGAAGCAAUACAAAAUACACAAGUGAGUGAGAAGAUUAAAGGUUUUAUUCCAAAGCAACAAGCGAUGUAUACAUACCAAGCAAGCACUUCAACCUGCCAAUUGGAAGCCCUCAAGAAGCAAUGAAGCAACCCGCCUCCGCCGUAGCCUCAGUUGACACAGUCCUGCAGCUGAUCGGCACGAGCUUCAGAGAAACUCUGCCCAAACCAUCAGAUUUUAGAUGUAGCAGUGCAAAUAUCCAGAGUGUGGGGUCAGGUGGGAUUACUAUGAGGAAUUAUAAAAUAUGCAUCAAGCCAUUGUGUCCACGAUGAAUGCAUUGACUGGGUUUGAGACAUUGACAAUAAUUUCUGAUCUAAUCCCACAACCCUCUGCAUCUCUGGCCAUUUCCUCUACUGUCCAUUUCUCUUGCUUGACAAGUCACUUACUGCAGGCAGGCAUCCUGGGUCAUCAAAGACAGUGGGCAGUUUCUUUGAUGUAGCUUUUCUGAUAUGUUAAUCUUAGGGCCAGGAGACAGGUCUCACAUAAAGGUGAUAAUGAUCGCUGUCCUCCUGGCCAUCCUUCUUAUCAUGUGUAUUGAUUCUUUAUGACCUCCCGGGUUGCUGAAUGCACUCUUUUGUAGUUUUCAUUCAUUUACCCCCAAAGUAUGCAUGCUUAACUAGGGUUUGUAGUUUAACGUUGUCCCCUACGUGGGGUUUGUUGAAAUGCUCAGAAGAAAUCUGCUUGGUUCUUAUGAACACUCUGUAAAAAGUUCUUUUGUGAAUACAGUGGUACCUCGCAAGA